UAAAUAUUGGUUGGCUUUUGCCUCCGCAUCUCUCUCCCUCUUUCUCUCUGUUGCAGCAACUUCUCCUCCAACCAUAAAAAAGUGGAAUCCGUGGAUACAAGAUUACAUACGAGGAGACACAGUCCUCUCUCUCUCUCUCGUUCGCUCUCGCUCUCUAUACAUCCCAUUCUUCGCAAUGUCGGCUUGCGAAGAGGUUGAUCCCCGCGUCCAUGGCAUCAAAUCCACAAUCCGUGUUGUUCCUGACUUCCCCAAACCAGGGAUUAUGUUUCAAGACAUCACGACGCUGUUACUCGAUCCAAAGGCUUUCAAGGACACCAUCGAUUUGUUCGUCGAACGCUACAGAGACAAAAACAUCUCAGUUGUUGCAGGAGUAGAGGCUCGGGGUUUUAUAUUUGGCCCUCCCAUUGCAUUAGCAAUAGGAGCAAAAUUUGUCCCCUUGAGAAAGCCGAAGAAGCUGCCCGGAAAAGUACUUUCAGAAAAGUAUACCUUGGAAUAUGGAGCAGAUUGUCUAGAGAUGCAUGUUGGAGCAGUUAAACUUGAUGAACGAGCUUUAGUGGUUGAUGAUUUGAUAGCUACUGGUGGGACCCUCUGUGCUGCAAUGAAUUUAUUGGAACGUGCUGGGGCUCAAGUUGUUGAAUGUGCAUGUGUAAUCGAGUUACCUGAUUUAAAGGGCCGGGACCGCUUGAAUGGGAAGCCCUUGUAUGUGCUUGUGGAGUCUCACUAGCAGUACCAUCUGUGCUGCAGCAUGGAUGAAUUCAAUGGGAUUGAAGCUAUGAAGUCUCCAUCAAAGGAAAAGCUUAGAGCAUCUACCAGUCUUGAAUUGCCCCUCACUCAAGAUUUAUUAUUAGAUCGCUUGCUGGCUGCUGGUUACUUGUGUUAUCCACUGAUAACUUCUUGUUGGCCUGUGAUUGAUCUCAAUCUCAAUCUCAAUCUCAGUCUCAGAAUGCAGUUCUUAAAUUCAAUCUCUAAAAAUCUCAGAAUGCACUUACUCCUUUCUGUCUCCAUCUCACCCACCCUAG